AUGAAUCGGCGAAUGUCGUUAGUGAAAAAGGUAGAUCCAGGCACUGAGCCAAUUGCUGGAUCUGUUCAUAUUAUAAUAGGGACCUCUGUUGAUACCUUGGGAGAGAGUUUAGAACAGGGAAAUAGAAUAGACAGCCAAGAUGAGAUAGAUACUUCAUCUCUAUUCGACAGUGCUGAAAAACGAGCAGCGAUCGCUCAAUUCCACUCGAAUCUAUUGGCUGGAAGGCCGAUCUCUGAGCCUGCAUCGAAUCUGGCACGAUGGAGCUCAACGAGAGCACUACGUUUCGAGCAUGUGACCCAGCACAUUAUGGCCAAAACCAGUCCGCCAUAUGGUGUCAUUGCAAAAAUGGAUAUGCUGAAUCUGAUUAUAGAGUCUAUAGAGGCUGCGAAUACUGGAGAACCAAACGAAAACGCUGAUGAUGCUGUAUGGAAUGGAUACGCUAUAGCCGUACUGGGUAGAUCUAAUUUUGGUGCCAUAGACGAUGAAAUGCCCGAACUACGUCAAUCUGCUCUAGACUUUUUUCAAGCAGAAGUGCUACGCCACAUACAAAAGAUCGACACUGUAGAAGAUGCCGAAUCGGUAUUCCUGACCAUACCCUCAUACACAAUGGCAUCAAAAGUACUCAACCACGUUGGUCCAGCAUUGCUCAAAAUUAUCGACAAGAAACGUGGAAGCCGAGAUAUCGCCAUCAUCCAAUCCUUCCUCUUUCUCGCCCUUCUACAACCAAUCGAAGAAGACGUGUCACUGAUAGAGGAACUCCUGUCGUUCGAGAUGGACGUGAUUAACACCGUCGAUGGUGAAACAGCAGCUACAGCUCUCGAGAUUGCUGCACAUGCUGGUCGAGCUGGAUGUGCUAGAGUUAUACUAGAUUGCUUUGGCUCCAAGAUCAACGCUGAAGGAUUCGUGACAGCUGCUAUUCCGAUAUGUUCUCGUGGAAUGGAUUUCAUUCUUGCAGCUAUGGAACUUGCCAUCAUGGACAAGGUGGUUGCCUUACACGAUGCCGCUGAAGAAAGGGACGAUCUGCCACGAGUGUUUAUUGGAGCUGCUGAUUCUAAUGAUCAGCCUGACGAUGUAGUGGCCAGUACUGAAGGAAAUGCUGCUAGUCAAGUGGCUGAACUCAAGGAAUACCUGAACUUUGUGUCACUUUCAUCCUACGUUUUGCUGUAUUUAGCAGCUUGUGGUGGUCAUAGUAAAGUCUCCACCGUUUCGGAGCUCCUUGAUUUUCAUAACGAUCCCUGUGGCCCUUUCCUGGAAGGCUUAAUAACACCCGCAAAACACGAAAUCUUUGUCAAGGAAUUAUUCGAACGUUGCUGCUCAUUAAACCACGCUGGAAUAGUCGAAGUCCUUCUGGAAGCUCAAUGGUGUUCGGACUUUAAAGGUCCACUUCUUGAAGCUGUUAAAAGUGGUCAUCAGGUCAUGGUCCACACAUUGUUAGAAUCUAUGUUGGAUCCAGAUCUCAGUCUAAUGAGCUCCCCUACGUCUGGUGGACCAGGAGCAAUACCAAAACUGUUUCGUCAAAACUGCGAUUCUUUGCAAGUUCUUCCGUUAAUCGCUGAAAGAUUUCCGGAGGAAGCUAGAUGGUUUCUAAAUGAAGUAUCAUGUGUACCCGUUCCCGGUUGCGUACCACGUGAUAAGCUACACGAUGCAGAGAUUCGACGACAUCCAGUACGUGGAUUGAAACUAGGCACCACGUCGUUAUACGGUGCCACUCAAAAAACACGAUCGAAAGCCAUGUGGGGAAAGCUGGAUUUCGAAGGACCACUAACACAGUCGAGUGCAAAAGGAGAACUCCAAGAAACAGAAUCAGUCAUUUGUAUGGCUCCAGCUGCUAUGCUUACAAUGGACGGUAUUCAUGAGGCAACACAUCCCUUGGCUCGAUUACUGCGACAACCAACAUCACCGCUGAUACGACUUUUGGAAUGUGGUGACGAAGAUAUUAUAUUGCAACCCGUCAUUCGUGCCCUCAUGGAAUACCAUUGGUUGAGAUGUAACUUCUGGAGACGCUUCUCAGUGCAAUUCUUGAUUUGGAUUCUCUUUGUCGCCAGUGCUACAAGCACCUUCAUCCUUAUUCAGCAACGAGCCACCGCGCUAUCUCGAUUUUACGCUGGACUAUCUUCCGAUAUUCCUCCAUCUUAUGCAAUGUUACCACUUGCGUGCAUCAGUGUUGGCUUUGCAUUCUUCUUUUUGCUGCAAGAGGCCAGAGAGCUCAUUGAUAAUCCUGCAGACUACGUCACCUCACACACUAAUCUGGUGGAUAACGGAAUUCACAUGGCUGUGAUUGUGUGUUCCAUUCGUGGGGCGUUCCUCGAUUUGUAUGUUCCUCCGAUCAUUAUGAGUUUGGUCUUGGUUAUGUGUGCCUUAAGAAGUAUAUUGGAUUUGAGGAUAUUACCCAGUAUAGGACCUCUGGUUCGACUUUGGGUCAUCGCUGCCAUUCACAUCGUUCCUAUCUUCAUUCCAUAUCUGAUAAUGGCAACAUCGUUUUUGGGUGGUUUCUAUCUGGUUGAGAACGCAGCAGCAGCGCUGUCAAAUACUGGAGUGUCACCACAUUUUGAAAACUUGGGUGUCUCGGUCCAGAGUAUUUUGUCUAUGAUUACUGGAGACUACUCUGUAGUGGACAAUGUCUCAGAUGCACAAAUCUUUACUCUGAGGAUUCUCUUUCAUUUGGUGUUUUUGAUUUUCUUGGCUAAUAUCAUCAUUGCGCUGAUGACCACCAACAUCUACCAACAAGAUCACAAAAAUACAACCGGAAAAUGGUUAUGCGAAGUUGCUGGCUUAAUGGCCGAAUUGGAGUUAUAUUGGCCCUUCCCAAAUCGAUAUAAUUUGGUUGACAGUCUGACGUUGAAAAGCGCUGAGCUCAAGCCUAAGCCGCUCCAUUCUCGAUACCGUGGUUCCGCAAUCUCAGACAGAUCGCUUGGUGGUGUCGAAGAAUCCGUUGAUAUCUCUGCAGACCUGAAAUCCAAGAGUGUGAUAUUAUAUUCGUGGCCAUUGAGUGCAGUGCAAAAGACCAGAUGGUAUACAGUUCCAGGUACUGGAACAGAAGCGCAAGAAACCCAACCGCGAGCACGAAGGAGGAGCUCAGUUCUUGCCAGAGCCAAUAAACGCAGCAAGACUAACAAAGACAUUGACGAUGAUACAGCUGAUGGCAGAAACCGCUGGUGGACACCUGCAUUUGCUACUUCUGAUGUUGACUCUCCAUCCGAACAGCCACAAAUUGAAAGCCAACAACCCGAGUCACCAGAAAUCUUGACCCUACCAUUUAUGAAUGCCCUGUUACCAACAGCCAGAUCUCACAACGCAUUGAAUGAUCUUGCAUCAAAACUAGCACAACCCCUCGAUGCUGCCAAAGUCACCAUCAAUGGACCUUCCGAGAUAAGUGACGACGACAGCCACGGUCUAGGUGAGGUCUCAGAAGCCCUUGUCAAGUUAAACAACGCUGCUGCAUCAAAUGCCAAGCCCAACAAGAUUUCAGCUUGGGACUCUACAGAAUUGAUUCGAGUUGCCGAGAGACGGCUUUCUCGUAUAAAUCCAGUCGAAGAGACAGCCAAUCUUGGUAAUUCCAAUUCGCUAGACGGAGAUGGUGGUAAUAAAGGAUUCAAUGCAGCAGCUGCCAGAACUUCCCGUCGAGCGUCAGUGGUUGGAUCUAUUCGAGGAAUGGCUGGUGGGAAGAGUUUAUCUGCUUCUGUAGACCGACUUACCGAUCACGGAUUCCUAUCAGAGCCACCAGGAUUAUCGCCCGUCAUGUCUGGUGUUGGAUUCAACGACGAUUCCAAAGCUUUAGAGGAGCUCAUCAAGGCCGAAUCGAGAUCGCAACGGGAACGAAUGAAAAAGAUGGAAGAAGACCACCAAAAAGCCAUGACUACGUCCAUGCAAGUAAUUGGACAGCUAAGAGAUGAUAUUCGUAAGCUUACAGAAGUGCUUCUCCUACCACCCGCAUCUGUAAAACCACCGCUAUCUCCCAACGCCGAGUCAUCUAAAACCAGCAGUAGCGCUGAUAGUUUCCCAGGUCCAAGAAUUGUGACUUCUUUGGAGGCAUCUAUUGGAUCGUUGCUAACUAGAAGGCUUGGAUCGUCCAACAAAGUACGACCAGAGUAA